UUCCAAAACAAACAAGGUCUAAUUGUACAAAAGCUUGGCCGCCCCCUAAGUGUGAAAAAUCCGACACUUCCUCCCGCUCGACUUCUUCUUCUUCUACCUUUAGCACGGCGGCAGAGAGAGAGAUGGGUGGCCAAGCUGGAAUGACUCCAUCGACAUACUCCCCUUCGCCGACAACGCAUAAGAAGAAAAAGCUUCCCAUUUUUGACGACGUUGAUUGGAUUCGCUCAGAUGGACGCACCUUCCACAAGUGCCGUCCGGCCUUUUUCAGGACAGGAGCAGUGAAUGCUGCAUCAGGAUCUGCUUAUGCUGAGUUUGCAAAUACCAAGGUCAUUGUAUCAAUAUUUGGACCAAGAGAAAGCAAAAAGGCCUUAAGUUAUAGUGAUGUAGGGAGGCUGAACUGUAAUGUCAGUUAUACAACUUUUUCUAGUCCUAAUAGAGGACAGGGAUCAGAUAACAAGGACUUCUCAACGUCGUUGCAUAAAGCUCUUGAAGGAUCUAUAAUAUUGGAUUCUUUCCCGAAAACUACAGUUGAUGUGUUUGCGCUAAUUCUGGAAUCUGGUGGCAGUGAUUUCCCUGUGGUGGUUUCAUGUGCUAGUCUUGCUUUAGCUGAUGCGGGAAUUAUGUUGUAUGAUUUGGUUGCCUCCGUUUCUGUGUCUUCUCUGGGAAAGAACCUUCUGAUUGAUCCUCUUACAGAAGAGGAAAGCUAUCAAGAUGGAAGUCUUUUGAUUACUUGCAUGCCUUCCCGCAAUGAGGUCACACAGUUGACAAUAACUGGAGAAUGGUCAACACCGAAGAUUAACGAGGCGAUGGAACUCUGCAUCGAUGCAUGCUCCAAGCUUGGGAACGUGAUGAGAUCUUGCUUGAAACAAGAAGCUGCUUCAGAUGCACAAGAAGACUAAGGUGGAAACAAAUAUCUAGUAUAUUUUUGCCCAGCUCUUUUUCUUUGGAUAGUUUGUUGUUUAGAUCCGUGACUGGGAAGAAUUUUUAUAUUUUCUUCGAAUCAAUGAAAAUGUGUGAGAACCCUCAUUACGGGUUUCCAUGUAUAACUUGGAUUGGAAUUUCAAGUCAACCGCCCUAAUGGGAUGUGGAUUAAGAAUUACUUCAUCUUUAUUGCAAGAAAGAAAUUGACUCUACUGCC